GAGACGCCUUGUCCCAUCCCCGCCUCCUCUCGCCCAGCACGGCGUGACCCGAGCGCGGAUCGGCCCCCGCGGGAAAGCGAAGCGACGGUGGGACGGCGGCGAGAGCGCCGGUACCACGUCCAGCGGUACAGCAACAGCACCGGUAACGCCGGUACCAGCGGCGGCGGCGGUACCAGCGGCAGCAGUAGCAGUGGCAGCCCCGCUCGCCACCUGCCCGUGGCGGAGGCUGGAGCUGCGAUCGGAGCGGAGCGGCGGCUGGUGCCCGCGGCCCGGAGGCGCCGCGUCCCGCUCGCCCAUGAGUGCCGCCGCUCUCUACAGCCUGGACUCGCCGGCAUGUUAUAAGAGCUGGUGCCCGGAGCCCGCCAACUUCUACGACGCUAAGGUGGGCAGCGGCGGCGGACCGGGGGCCGCCUGCAAGCCAGGGGGCCGCGGCGGCUGCGGGAUGAGCGGCGAGGAGGCGGGGGGCGGCGCGGGGGGCAGCGGCACCAACCUGGCGGAGCUCAGCGCCGCCGCCCCGGCCAUGUACGAGGACGAGAGCGCCAUCGAUUUUAGUUCCUACAUUGACUCUAUGUCGGCCGUGCCCAACCUGGAGCUCUGCAACGACGAGCUCUUCGCCGACCUCUUCAACAGCAACCACAAGCCCGAGCGGGGCGGGGACUACGGCGAGUACUUGCCGCCGGGCGGCGGCGCCGGCCGCGACCCCGCCAAGGACCUCGGCGCUGCCAUGACCACCCUGCUGGGCGCCGAGCCCCGCACCGCCUCCUCCUCCUCCUCCUCCUCUUCCUCCUCCUCCUCCUCCCGCGGCGCCCUGAAGCAGGAGCCGGACUGGAGCGACAGCGACCUCUCCUCCUCGCUGCUGCCCUCCCAGAUCGCCACCUGCGCCCAGACCAUCAUGAACCUGAGCGGGCAGCCCACGCCGCCCACCUCCCCCGAGCCGCCGGGCAGCAGCUCCCCGUCCAGCUGCAGCACUCGCUCCCCGGGCCCCGCCGCCGUGCCCGGGUCCGUGUCCGUGCCCGGGUCCGUGUCCGCCCCGCCGCCCGCGGCCCCUGGCGGGAAGGAGCGCGGCGGCAAGAAGUGCGUGGACAGGUUUAGCCCCGAGUACCGGCAGCGCCGGGAGCGCAACAACAUCGCCGUGCGCAAGAGCCGCGACAAGGCGAAGCGGCGCAACCAGGAGAUGCAGCAAAAGCUGCUGGAGCUCUCGGCCGAGAACGAGAAGCUGCACAAGAAGAUCGAGCAGCUCACCCGGGACUUGACCAGCCUCCGGCACUUCUUCAAGCAGUUGCCCGGCGCCUCCUUCCUGCAGCCUGGCUCAGGCACCGACUGCCGGUAACCGCGGGAGAAGCGGGACGGAGAGAGAGAUGGACUCUGGGAGACCGUGGAUAAAUACCUCAGAUGGCCGGGCCGGGCCGAGUCGAGCCGAGCCGAGCCGAGCCGAGGCCGGGCCGGGCGCGGAGGAGGCGCGGAGCCGCGGGGUAACUCCCCGGCCGGCGGCCGCUUCGCGACGUUGUAGCGGCGUGGGGCGAUGCCUGUGGGUCUUUCACCACGAAACUUGCAAAAAAAAAAAGGAAAAAAAGCUAUAUUUUUUUCUUCUCUCCCCUUAAAUUAUUUUUGUAAUGGUAGUUUUCGUCUUUUCUACAUUUUACUCAUCCCGAUGCAGCUAUAGGUACAUCUGUUAAGUGAUUUCAACACCCCACCCCCCAUGUAUUUUAGACGGUAGAAUGAAAAGGACUGAGCAUGCUCGACCUUUUAUAUCAGUUUUUACAGCAUUUCUAAUAAUAAUAAUAAUAAAAAAGUCAUUUUAAAAAGUCA